UUGCCUCAUGGUAAGGCCAGCCCUGAAAGUACUUCUAAAAUAAAUAGAGAUAUAAGUGUGAUUUUGAUGAGCAAUGUGUUGUAAUGAAGGAAGGCUCAUGCACUAAGAACAAAAAGUGUAAUUCAGCAGUUUUCUCUUUCAUACUGAAGAUAGAGAAUGAAGAGACUUUAUUCUGGAUGAUGGAUCUAACUUACCCUGAUUAGGAGUCUGUGGUGCAUGAUGCUUUAAGAACUGUAAUGUCUGCAUGUGGCUAGAGCAUAGGGUGACCAGAUAGAAAGUGUGAAAAAUCAGGAUAGGAGGUGGGGGGUAAUAGGUACCUGUAUAAGAAAAAGCCCCAAAUAUCAGGACUGUCCCUAUAAAAUCAGGACAUCUGUUCACCAUAUUAGAGCAUAGGGUUUGCAACAAUGUGGGCUGGCAGAGUUCAAAAGACUUUGACAGCAGUUGCACCUAGGAAUAGGCUGGAUGUAUCUAAUAAAGAAGGACCCUUUCACUGUACUAACAUGAUUACUUUGUUCAUUUAGUUACUUUAUUUUCUUGAUCUGAUCCACUUAUUGUCAUUAUAUUAAAAUGCAUGAUCAGCUGAUUGGGUAUGGGGAGACAAAAUAGCUGCGGAGCGCUGGCAUAUCAAAAUCAUACAGGGUUUUUCCUUAAGGACUGCGCGUGCUCUGCAACUUCAGUAACAAAGUAACUUUUUAACUCCCGUGCCCAUAGUCCAAAAAGAAGUUCUAUGUAUUAUUUACAGGGAAUCUCCUUUAAUCAACAAAGAUCUGAAUUAUUUAGAUUAUAGCCUUCUAAGAAAUGUUCUAAAUGUAUGCUUGCUAAUCUAUUCUGUUAAACUGUUUGUAUAAUAUUUUAUUUUGUAGGGUCAUAUUUUCACAUAUUAGGAGCUGGGAAUGUCCCCUUACUCCCCGUGCGUCUGGCAUGGAGUGGUCAGAAUCCAUUGAGGAUUACAGGCUCUGAUUCUUAGUAGCAUAUAUCUCAAUCUGCCAGGAUCCAAAUCUAGAUGUAAUGUGUGAGAGAGACCUGAAAUGAGGGACAGACAACAGAUAGUCACGCAGACAACUUAAAAUGACUCUUUUUAAUAAUCUCUUUGUCCUGAUCCUUUAUUACUGAGAUAAAUAAUUUUCAAAAAUAAAAGUGAGGGGCUGCCAAAUUGUGUGGAAUGGAAGUAACUUUGGGACUAAAAUGGGUGAUGUCUCUGGAAAUGGGGGACAGUUCAGAGUUAUAUCUCUUAGCACCCCUAGAGACACUAGGCCUGAUGGGGUCUGCUCUGUCAUGGCCUAAUCCUGUACUCAUUGAAGUCACUGGAAUGAUUCCAAUUGACUUCACUGAUGGCUGGAUCAGGCCCUCACGCAUGUGCAUGUGCCCCCCCCCAGAUUUACAGAGCAUGCUCACACGGAGCAUGCCCCCUCCACACACACACACACUAUCAGCAGGCAUGAGUUGUCUCUGGGUACCUCUGACUGAAAAGUUUCCAGUGACUGUGCACAGUGCAUUCGCACAACCAAGAAUGGAAUGGACACAUGCAACAUAUCUCAAAGCACAGCAGUUAUGAAAGAUCAUGGAACAGCGAGAGCUGCCUGUGCUUUUGGUUAAUGAGGUGGGCGGUGUACGUGGUGUGCUGGAAGCUCAUAUGGAAUUCUUGAAGAAACACUUUCACCUUAUCACCAUGAAGGAAUUUCUCAAAAACAAAAAACAUUGGCGCAAAAAGGUCCAAGCUAUUUAUUUGUGGUGGCACAAACCAAUCAUUGACCGGGAACUCCUCGAGAGCCUGCCUGACUUGAAGGUGAUUGCAAAUUCAGGUGUAGGAAUGGAUCACUUGGAUCUGAAACUAAUCUCUAGCUUUGGAGUGAAAAUGGCUAAUGCUCCACAUGCUGUUUCCAGCUCCACAGCAGACACCGGAAUGGCUUUGCUGCUGGCAUCUGCUAGAAGACUGGUGGAAGGCUGUCAGAUUGCAGUUUCCCCAGACACUGUGUGUUUUGCUGCUGACUGGCUGGGAGAUGAAGUCAAUGGGGCUACUCUUGGUAUCAUUGGAAUGGGCAGAAUUGGGUAUAAGGUUGCACUGAGGGCCAAAGCUUUUGAAAUGAAAAUUCUGUAUCACAACAGGAACCGGAGAACUGAGGAAGAAGAACAGGCUGUUGGUGCCAUUUAUUGUACAAAGAUAGAAGACUUGCUCCAGCAGUCAGAUUUCGUGAUGCUGGUCGUGAGCUUGACACCACAGACACAUAAACUAUUUGGGAAGAAGGAGUUAGAGCUGAUGAAACCCACUGCUACUCUCAUUAACAUCAGCAGAGGUCCAGUAGUAGACCAAGAUGCAUUGGUGGAAGCUCUUCAGACUGGUGUUAUCAAGGCUGCGGCUUUGGAUGUCACCUACCCUGAACCACUGCCCAGAGAUCAUCCAUUAUUAAAACUAAAGAACAUUCUCAUAACUCCUCACCUUGGCAUUAAAACAGACAAGGCCACUCGCAUGAUAACAGAGGAAGCAGUUGCAAAUAUACUGGCAGCUCUUAAUGGUCUCCCUAUGCCCAAUGAAGUGUUUCCCUAGCUGAGAUAUAUUAAAGGACAUCACAGCUGUAAAAGAACAUUAUUCUACAACUCUCCUUACAGGAAUGAAGACUUGCUACUACAGAUGUCUAAAAUCUUUGACUUGAACCUCAACCUCAGGCUUGAUUUUGGUUUGCAUAUAAAAUAAUAGCUCUUAUAUUGCAUUUUCAUCAGUAGAUCACAAAGUAUACUCCACAAUUGAGGUCAGAAUCAUUACUCCCAUUUUACCGACUGGGAAAUUGAGGCACAGCAAGGAGAAAUGACUUGCCUAAGGUCACCCAGAAAGCCAGUGGCAGAGCCAGGAACAGCAUGCAGAUCUCCUCAAUCCCAGUCUAGUGUUCUAUCCUCUUGUUUAAAUGUAGAUCCAACUGUAAAUGGCUUCCAUAUCUUAUUGUUCACUUUGUAAUUUAUAACUGCUAGACACAAGCUAAAUGGAUCUAUGAAAACACUGACUGCUGCUGAUUGUUAGUGUGUUCAUAGUUCUGACGAUGUUCUCUAGGGGAGAUUAACUAGGCUACUCACAUUAUAUUUUCCAGUGUGUUAAUUAGCUUACCUCCAAGUCUGGUGAAUAUGCCUGACCCUGUUGAAACCCCACUUAGUCUGUCAUUUUGCAGUGGUUUUUUAUAUGGAAAAACAAGUUUGUUCAAAUCCAAGCUUUUCUAAAUUUUAGAACAGUCAAAAUAUGUACUCCAGGAGACUUCAAUUGCCAUUUUAAGUUGAUAUUACACAAGAUAAAAUUUCCCAAAUUAUGCCAAUCUCAGAGACUUUAAGAGAAAGUCAAUUAAUGGCUUUCAAAGGGGAAAUACAGCUGGCUUUGAUGGGUUUAGCACCAAAUUUUAUACAUCAGCUCUUAAAGAAAAUGUUUUAUAAAGGCUUGCAAGAAGAAAUAACUCCCAUUCACACUAGCUGAGGCCUAAAUAAUACUUACUCAUAAAACAGGAAAAGACACUUCACUACAUUUCUACUUAUCCAAUAGCCAUACUUAAUAAAGAUAUGAAAAUAUUGGCCAAUAACCUCAUGCUUGGCUACCAUGGCUGGCAUCGACUUACGGAGCGGUGCACUGUGGGUAGCUAUCCCACAGUUUCCACAGUCUCUGCCACCCAUUGGAAUUCUGGGUUAAGCUCCCAAUGCCUGAUGGGGCAAAAACAUUGUUGCGGGU